UCUUUCUGCGAAGAAAAAAACAAAAAAACAGAGGAACGUUUCAUAAUAUGCAAAGAUGUGUGAUUGAUAACAGCCUUGCUGUUUUCUGCGAGGGAUGUCAGUCCCUGACACAAUAUGUGAAUUAUUAGGGCAAAGAAGGGCAACCAUAAAUUUUCACUGUCAGGCGAAAACCCUCUUUAUUGUCCGCAUGACAAAUGGGGCUCCUGCACCAGACACCAAAAUGCUCGGCAUUCCUCUUAAAUGGGAACACAUUUCUCGCGACCAUAAUUCACCAUAUUUAAAUAGAAAGUUUUAAUAUCCCUCCACCGCCAUAUAUUUCGCCACACACUGACAUGUUUAUGAAUCACCUCGCAUGCAAAUACAACUAUUUACAUCUCGAGAGGAAAUAUAUUGGGAGUUGCAGGAUUACUGGGAGCUGCGUGUUGGGCCGACGAUCAAGAGUCACUAUUAAAACAACUUUAUUAAAGCUUUCAUAAAUUGUUUUGAGUCAAAUUUGUGUGCUGCUGAGUACUGAAAAUGUUAAAAAGCGAUUUUCUUAGCACUUUCUAAAUUAAUAAUUUACUUUAAAACGUCAAACCAAUGCAACCAAAAUACGACUAUACACGUACCUUUAUACUUAUGAGAUAAAAUGAAACAGCGCGCUACAAAAAGCUUACGCUACGUAUUUUCUAUAUCCUUUUUCAUAAAUAAAACUCCAAAGAUAAAUGACGUUAACCUAAAGUCCGCGACAUGACAUUACCUUACUAUACGCUCCGACGCAGAGGUAAAUGGUAACAACAACAACAAAAAAAAAAACAACAACAACGUUAUAGCAUUACAAGAUACUCCGUUUGAUUCAAAUGAGGUGUUUUCUUUCUUUCUUUUUAUGCAUGAGUCAAACCGGCUUUCUGUCGCCCAUGACGCGCCGACAGAAGCGACAGAGGACUGAAGCCAUGCAGACUCCCUCCGCUCCAGCAGAAGGAAGAGACGAGGGAGAAAAUGAGCUUUUCCGCGAGUGGGAGGGAGGUUUCAGGUGGGAGUGCGCAGCUUCAACAUAAGGCGAGCCGUGGUAAUUGACAGUAAACGCCAUGUUCUUGAGAGAAUAGAUGGAGUCGUAAGGAGACAGUCAGCAGCACUGAAGUUUUAUGAGUUAACGAGCAGUGACCGCGUGCUUCCGCAACACAGCGGGUCAGCUGAUUCAAGCGGCACGCGGAAACAGUAAAAGCCAAUUGUAAAGCGUCAGAGGAACCUGCAAAGCAACAGCGCCACAUUCACAGGAAUCAAUACUGGAUGUCAACAACGUGAGGGAGAAUACAUACUCUGACGCCCACUGCUUAAAAAAACAUACAAACGAACAAACUCCGAGCUGUCAUUCUCAGCAGGACAUCAUGGCUCAGAGGGAGUCACCGGUCGUUUUAAAUGGGACUCAAAUAUCAUACAUUGGACAAGACUCUAAAGACAUCCCCCACUUUCUUGGAGAGACGUACGGCAAGUUUGCAAGACGACUGGAUCUGAGCUUCAAUCAGCUCAGGUCGCUGGCAGGCCUCAAAAUGUUUACUGAGCUGGAAGAGUUGGUCGUCGACAACAAUCUGCUUGGAAAUGACCUCCAGUUGCCCAGGUUACCCAAGCUCCACACCCUGACACUCAAUAAGAACCAACUGACUGAUAUCGAGGCCCUGCUGGAACACUUAGCUGAUGUGACCCCAUCGCUCGAGUACCUAAGCCUGCUGGGAAACGAGGCCUGCCCCAACCAGCUGGUGAGCCUGGAUAAGGAUGAUGAUGACUACCAGAGAUACAGGUACUUUGUACUUUACAAAUUACCCCAGCUGAAGUUUCUGGACUCCAGGAAAGUAACAAAAAAAGAACUGAUGGAGGCACAGGCGAGAGGGGCAUUCAUGAAAGUGGUGAAGCCAAAGUUGGAAGCACUGCCUAACGAAGCAGGAUUAGAAAAUCGCCCAUUGCCCUACACACCUCUUCCUCAAGGAUCCAGAGAUGCCAGAAACCACAAAGGGGUAUUCGCCAAGUGUCGCUACAUCUACUAUGGCAAGCACUCAGAAGGCAACAGAUUCAUCCGAAACGAUCAGCUCUGAUGUCCACAGGAUGCUCUCAGAGGAGUCGGGGUUUUUUUUAUUUAUUAAAACCACCAGGGAUUUUUUUUCAAUCACCUAAUCUACUGCUGGAAAACAAAAGAUAAAUUUUAACCGAAUAUGCUGUUGCACUUAUGCAUGCUGAGUACUUUCUUGUUCAUAUAAAAUUUUAGAGCCAUUGUUUUAGUCUCCUCUUCUGAGCUGAGCCUACUUCUGUUUUCUUGCUUGCAGCUCAGAGUCAGAGAUGACACUCCCACUGACAUGAUCGCCUCUAAGCAUCAGUUGCAACACAACUCACACACAUGCACAAGGACCUUCUCCCUGCCUUAUUGUCUUACACACAGCGAGCAACAAACAUAUCCAGGCAAUUGCUUCCUUUUCUUUGACACCCAUGAUGGAUCACUUGUCCACAACAGCUACUAAUCAAGGGUGAAGGGGGUGGCGGUCCCACACCUGGGCCCUGACAUGGACUCAUCUUCUUCAUUCUCAGAUUUUCCCUUUCUUUUUUUCUCCUGCGCUUGUGCUCCCAACUGCUAUUUAAGUCAUUAAGAUAAGAGGUGAGAGAAACUGGUGAAAGCAGCAAUAGCUGAGAAUUGGUGUCUCCAGUAACAUGCACAGCAGCAUUCCAGAUUUUGACAUUGUUCUAGACAGUGAAAUUGUAUUUGUGGGAGCUGUAAAUAGGUUUCUAUUCUUAUUGCUGUUUACAUGUUACAGAGCAUUGUGGGAUUACAUCCUCCUACACCAUUUGAUAUGUUUGGCCCAUCUGGAGGCCUAAUUACCUGCAUGCCCUUCAAAUCCUGAAACUUUACUCUUUUUCUUGCCAUUAACAGUUCUCUGUUUGGCACCUGCUCUGUUCUCCACUAAAUCUGUUGAAAUUUCUGCUGGAUUCACUGUUAAAUUGGAAGAUUUUUAUUGUAUUAUUUUUUUUAAAUUUUCUCUAAAAACAACUACCUUGGUGAGGAUCCCCAAUAAAAGAAUUCAUACUUCCCAUAAAUUGACAUUCUUAAAGAUUUAGGCACCCUGGUCAAGUUAUUUGACAACUGAUCUCCAAAUUCAACUCAAGCAAACAGUUGUAACAAGUUACAGAUUAAAUAUCUGUAAAAACAUGCCUAUGAAAAAUGUUCAUAAAAUGUCACCAGCAUUUUAUGUUUAAGGUAGAUGCUAGCAGUUUAUCACCAUGAACACGAGUGCAUAUCUAGCUACUGACUUGUGCAAUGUGCAUAGUUCACCACACAUGGUUUAUAAGCCCUAAAACAGUUUAAAAGAAAUGUGACAAACAUUGAUGUUACCAAAAAGAGAGAUACAAAGUGAACUUAUAUCUCUAAAAUAUUGAACUAAAAUCAUUAACACCAACCUCUGACUAUAUGCUUAUCACACAACAUAUUUUUUCCAUCUGUCCAUUUCUGGUAGACGUUUAGUGAAGUCUGAUCAGAUUGUUGUACAGUUCUAAAUGGCGGCCUGUGAAGACUGAUGAGGCUCGUUCCAAUCUUUUUUCUAACCUAACAAUUUAAAACAGCCCAGCUUCUCUCCCAGCAGUAGCUUUGCAUGUGUAUGACAACAUGACAACAGGUAAAACUCAUCAAGUGGAGUGUAAAAUUUAUCUUUGGGAUACUUUUCCUAAAAAAAGAAAAAAAUGUCUGACUGAAAUAAUACUUUAGUAUUGGAUUCUCAUAAUUCAUCUAACAUUAUUGCUCUUAAUCCUGUUGAGUUUUUCCUCACUAUGUCUUAGCCUUUGUUUGUACUUGCUGUGUUGUUUUCUUUAUUUGAACUGAGAUACACUUUCAAAUUUAAACGAGCUGUGAAGAUAUACACUGGAGUUUCUAAUUGACUGUCCUGCUUAUGUGAAUUUUCCUGUUUUUAUUAUUAUUGUCAAUCUUGUACACUGUGUUUCUCGUACUAUGGCUUCAAGGGAACCUUCCAGAUGAAGAUUUUGAACAAACAUUUAAUUUCUAACAGCUGAUCUAAGAAAAAAUAUAUAUCAUUGCUGUGUGAUUAAAAGGGCUGGACUCAAA